GGAGGGCGGCGGCGCGGCCUUCCCCUCCCCCGGCGGGAGGUGGCGGCGGCGGCGGCUGGGCCGGCGCCGGCCCGUCAUGCCUGCCGGCCCGCCGUGAGUCGCUGCGCGCGGCGCCAUGGGGCCGGAUCCGGGCUGGGCCGCGCUGGUGCUGCUCUUCGCCGCCUCGCUGCUCACCGUCGCGGCCUGGCUGCUCCAGUACUGGCGGUCCGCGGCCCUGCGGGCGCCGCGGCGGCGCGGGGCGGCGGAGGAGGCCGGGGCCCGGGCGCUGCUCGCCGCGCUGCUCGCCCUCCGGUCCCUACGAGAGCAGUGGCAGCGGGCCUGGGUGCGAGCCCUCAACAGCCAGGCGCGCCGGCACGGGAGUUCAGUGCAGAUCACAUUUGAAGAGGGUCCUCAGUUACCACCAGCCGCAAAUAUAAGUCGCGUGACAUGCAAGGGACAGUCGGACCACAGCAUGGUGCUGUACUGCCAUCUGUCAGCUGAAGCUGUGAAAUUCCCUGUCUCUGUUACUCAGCAGUCCCCGGUUGCUGUUUCUGUGGACACCUAUCAUGUCACUUUGGCUGUGCUGCAGGCUCAGGUGGAGAUCCACUUGGAGGAGAUACAGAACGAAGGUCUCCUGGUGUCGUGGAUGUUCAAGGACAGACCAGACUUGAACCUUUCGGUUCUUCCGAGACUUCAGCUUCGCGAGAAUGAAGGGAGAGUGGAUCUGUCCACCAUAAAGGAUCUGAUCGAGGAUACCAUUGUCAGCACGCAGCCAGCCAUGAUGGUGAAUCUGAAGGCCUGCACCACUGGAGCUGGUGCGGUACCCAGCAAUAAGUUGACUCGAGAGUCCCCGUCCGGAGUAGCAGCAGCCCCUCUGGGUUCUAAGCUGGUGCUCCGGAAUCUUCGAGUGCUGAACUUGGGCUGCCAGGAGAAGGAAGGAGUUGGGGAGAUACGCUGCGUGGCAGAACUGGACAGCCCACCACAGCAGAAGCAGACGAGGCCGGUGACAGCUGGCACUGCGGGUGCUGCAGCAGAGAUGGAGUGGAAUGAGGAGCUCUUUCUGGAGUUGGGACCUAGAAGUAAAGAGCUGAAGCUACAGGUCCUGGGGAACAGUGAUGGAGGGGGAAAUGUGCUGCUGGCACAUGCCACACUUUUGCUUGAUUCUUUGGCCAAACAACCGUCUGGGAGACAGGUCUGCUCCCUGGCCCCAGGAGCUGGGCGGUCACUGGCAGCUGAAGCUACUGUUAUAUUGGAGCUGCUAUUCCAGGAGUCUCCCACAUCAUUGAGUGCUCAGCACGCCACAUCUCUGCGAACCAGCAUUACUCCCACGAAGAAGGUGGAGAUGGACCGGACCAUCAUGCCCGACGGCACCAUCGUGACUACUGUCACCACAAUUCAGUCCCGGCCCAAGGCAGACUGCAAACUGGAUUCACCAUCGAGGUCUCCUUCCAAGGUGGAAGUGACUGAAAAGAAGACAACAGUGCUUUUGGAGAGUGGCUGCCCUCGCAGCCCCUUGCCCAGCAGUAGCCGGGAUAGCCGUAUGCCCAAUGGCUUGGAUCCGGUGGCUGAGACGGCGAUCAGGCAGCUAACCGAGACGAAUAACAAGACCGCCAAGAAGACCCCAACAAAACGUAGCACGCUGAUCAUCUCAGGAGUUUCCAAGGUACCUAUUGCUCAAGAUGAAAUGGCACUUUCUCUGGGUUAUGCUGCAUCUCUGGAGGCCACGGCAUAUGGGGAUUCUGCGGCAGAGGGUGUGACUGACCGGAUGCACGAUUCUACUGAAUCGUCACAGCUGCUGGAAGCGUUGCCAUCAGGACAAAGGGCCAGCCAGGAGCUGGAUGAGACGACGCGAUCAGAUGUCUCUGAGAGACCAUCAGUGGAAGAUGUUGAGUCUGAAACUGGCUCCACGGGAGCCCUUGAGACGAGGAGCUUAAAAGAUCACAAAGUUAGCUUUCUUCGGAGUGGUACCAAGCUCAUCUUCCGGAGAAGGAGCAAGCAGAAGGAAGCGGGCCUGAGCCAGUCACACGAUGACUUGUCCAAUGUCACCGCCAACUCCGCCGCCAGGAAGAAAACCGGCAGCUUCUCCCGCCGCCUCAUCAAACGCUUCUCCUUCAAGUCUAAAUCCAAACCCAAAGCUAGUGACAGCACAACAGCAGGUGAGAACUGAAGGAAGGAGAAGCCCGUCAGAAAGAUUGCGCAGAGAUCUUUUUCUAGUCUCUUGUCUUCCCACUCCGCGGUAUCUGUGACCUGCUGUCCAGUUCCUUCCAACCUUGGCUGAGGGAAGACACCCCAGUGCUUUAUGCCGUUUGGGGAGUGGAGGUGGCGAACCUGGGGCUUAGGCUGCUCGUCUGCCUUGGCUUAUCCUUCUCCGACUGUCGUACCCCACCGUGCUCUCCCAGAAAAAUUCAGGUGGCGUGCUAAUCCCCGCGGGGGUCCUGGGAGCUGCAGGAGCGACUCUGCCUGUGUAGCUGUCUGGCAUUGCUGGUGUGUCCUGGAAAGGGGUGGGGGGCAGCUCUCAGGUGGCGACCAUCAGAGUUAAAGAUCGAGAAACUACUGGGUUAGCUACGUUGCCAAGAAGUGUGGGCUGUAGCCUCACUUGGCUCUUCCAGCGAGAGAGUGUGACGUGGUCACUGGCCAUCUAAAUGCUCUUGUUGCUUCUGCUUGGUGCAGAGGCUGUAACCUGACUGAGGCGUGGUGGGGGGCAAUGCGUUCCUGGGCUGUGAGCUGGCGGGAGAGCAAGCUGCAUGUUCUCCACCUGGCUCUGCCGUUGGAACAGUCUCUGGGUCGGACAGCACUGACGGAUGCCUGCUUUCUGUGCUAUGCUGAUGAAAGAAGGAAUCACAAAGAAGAAGGAAGUUUUAACCACUGGGCGAGUUUUUGUAGAAGCCCAGGCCCUUGCAAGAAUGGCUGGUCGGUGCUGCCAUGCUGUGACGCAGCUCUCCUUCUGCAUCCAUGUUCUUGAACGGGGAAGGGUCCCUGCUGCAUGUGCGCACCAGCCGUUGUACGAGCGGAACCGUUUCCCUGGGGGGCAUUCCCGAUGGGGCAUCAGGCUGUCUUCCGGACCUGCGGAGCACCUGGCCUCUUGCGGUUCUCGCGCUGAGGACCGGCACUAUGCUGGGGAUGGAUGGCGAGGAACGUGGUGAUGCUAGCGAAAGGGGAGUCUGACAUGGAGCCUGAAGCGACGUGGAGCCUGAAUCCAUGUGAUGGAAAGAGGCAAGAGUUUACAUGUUUUCACUUGAUGAAAGGGUUUCCUGUAGCUUCUAGAAGGAGCCUUUCUUGAUUGCAUCUGGUAUUUCCUUUCUUCUAGCAAACCUGAUCCACCAUGUUCAAGCAGUGGGCAUUUCCACAGCGGGUAUUUGCCGAGGGAGAGGCACGCAGGGGAAAAUCGACUCCUUGCACAGGAGGAGACUGCUCUUCCAGACGAACCACUUUCUGGUCUCCUGACGCGCACGCAUUGUGAAUAACCCCAGAGGCCCGGUUCGGAUAGCGUAAUGAUGCUCUUUGGAGAAACACUCAUGCCCUGUCAGCGUGCCUGGUUUCAAUGGAAACUCCUGCUCUCCUGUGAGUUGUAGAAUUAAGGAGAUAGGGCAAAGGGGAGGAAACACCUCACUGAAGAGCAGUCGUCUGGGCCUGACUGGAUUCGCUAGCUCUGCCCUCCUGUUACGGUACCUCCUGAGGUGGGGGCUGUCGCCCCGCUUUACGCAGGAUGCGACCAACUGAAAAAGCAGUUGUUCUCUUGAUGGUGCACAUAAAACAACAUGUUGUGUUCUUCAGAAGGACAAAUCCUGGCUUACAGAUACGGCUGUCGUGUGCCAUUUCCAAAGACUGGAAUGUGUUUGGUAUGCCGCUGUGGAAGGAUUCGCAGCUGGGAAUUUCGGGGCAUCUCUUGAAAGUGUCCGGAGGUAGCGAAGGCCAGAGUCACCCAGGGCUUGGAUUGAAAAUGCCAGUGUGUGCCAGCAGGAGGGACUCUAUUUCCUGUUUUUCCUGCUGAUUCCCUGAGAGGUUGGGCAUGCGUGAGAAAUUGGACUGGUCCAGCUGGCUGACCAGGAAUCUCUUCUCCAUCUGUUUGUUUUGGUCCGGGAGUCUUUCCGUCAUCCCCGAGCUCUUUCAUGUCUUUUAUCCUUUGUUUCUUUCCUCGUCUGCACGGUUCUGUGGCUUUGUUUGCAGCUCCAUGCGCUGCAGAUGUCGGAGCACUAGCUGUUUCUCACUGAAAAUCAUUUUCCUUGAUGGAAGUGACCGGUUCGUGCUGCAGCACUGGUGGAAGUUGGCAAUCUGUGGCUCGCCUCUAACAAUCCGGCCACCGGUUUGACGUAGCCUUCCUUUGCUGGGUUGGUGCGGCGUCUGAUGCAGCGCUGUCCUUUGCAGGCACGGCCUUGCUCCCAGAGCCUUGGGGUUUGGUUCCAGUUUGGCAUUCUCUCUUGCACCAUCCCUGCUGUGACUCCGCCUCUGUUGCUAACAGUACUUGAUGCUCUGUUUUCAGUUUUUGUUUAUUCUUUUUUAAUACAAUGUCAAGGUUGCUGUUGUGGUUUAACCCCAGCUGGCAACUAAGCACCACAUGGCUGCUCGCUC